GAAAAAAAAAAUAUAUAUUAUAUUUCAAGGUUCUUAAAUAUAUUUAUAAAAUGAUGAUAAUUUUUUAAAAACUAUUUGCAUUAUUUAUUCAUGAUGCAUACGUGCACAAACUUGACACAGUUAAAAUUAAAAAAUAAAAAUCAUUCAAUUAAAAUAAAUUUGAGUCAAUAUAUAUUGGUAGUUAUUUUGAACUUGAGGGUAUUACAAUGCCCGGGUCAAUUGGCUAUAUCGUGAUAACAAUAAUAAUAUUUAAAAAAUUUAAAAAAAAAAACUGUAUCUUUACAUAGCCAAAGUACAAAAUAAAAUCAAAUCAAAUAAAAAAAUUUUAUCAGGUCAAAAACCUUGUCCUUUGUUAAUAUAUUUUUUUUUAUUUAAUUUAUUAUGAUAAUUGUUUAAAUGUUGAAAAAUUAUUUAAGCUAUUAUUUAUUAAUUUUCAAAAUUAUUAUUAUUUAUUAUUAAUGAUUUUUUUUAAUUUUUUUAAUAAAAAAAAGGAAAUUGCGUCAGCUGUGUGUGCGCAAAGUAGUUAUUUUUUCGAUCAAAGUUGCGCGCCCUUGUUCAGAAACAGCCAAUCACAUCUGGCAUUUUUUUCCCCCUAUUUAGCCCCCUUUCCCCUCCGUGUUUUGUCCAUCUGGUCCAAUCUGGUCCCUUUGUUUGUACUCGAUUUUAUGUACGGCUUCAACCGAGCGAAUAUUCGGGAAACGUCAGAAGCGCGUCCGUCCAGACAAACGCUCCUCCCGGAGUAAAUUUUUUUAUUUACAUUUUUUUUUUUUUUUUCGUCAGUUGUAAAACACAAGUCUACAAUACAACAAGUAAAUUCCAAAAGUAACUUAAAUAAAUCACAGCUUAAGAAUUAAAGUUAAAACAAAAAAAUAAAAUUCAAAAGUUUAGCGAAUUAAAAAAACGAAAAAAAAAACCAGUGAAAUUCUUACAAGGCUUACCGUGUUGAAGAUAAAAAUAAAUUUAUAAAAUUAAUUUAGCAUUGAAUUAAUUACAAAAAUUACAUUAAUUAAAUUAAUUGAUUAUAAAAGUGACAAAAUAAUUAUUUUUAUUGUUUUGAAAAAAAGUUAUCAUCGACUUAAUAAAAUAAUAUUUUAAAAAUUUUAAAGUGUGACAUAACCAACAAAUUAAUUCACCACGAGACAAACGUAACUUUGAGACUGAUAAUUGGUUUAUAAAAUAGAUCAAUAAAAAAAAAAAAUUAUAUAUAUUUAUUUAUCAGAAAAAAAAAAUUAGAAAAUUAUAAUUAUAUUUAUUUAUACAUAAAUUAAUAUUUAUAUUAACGCGUGGUUUUUCUAUUGACAUUUUAUUGCGUCAUUAUUGAAAAUAGUAAAAUCAAAUCUACUCGUUUUUUUUUUAAUUAAAAAAAAAAAAACAAAAAACCAUAUUUUCCAUCUAAUUGGGAAUACAACUGUGAUAAUAAUCUAUAUACUAGGCUAGCCAGCUGGGCCAUUCUUGUAGUGUGAUCAGCCUUGUAAAAAAGGCUAUACUACUGGGUCAACGUUAAAAAUUGUGUGUGACACUCAUUGAAAAAUAAAUAAUAAUAAAUUAUUUUUGAAAUAAUAAAUAUCAACUAGUCACACACAUCAAUAGAAUGGACACGUCAGGCUCGCUUGUACCGGAUGCAAUCCACUCACUCGUUGAACAAUUACAAGAAGCUCUUGUAUUGGAGGUAAAAUAUCAGCCAAAUCUUCAAUUACCAAUUGCCACACAAAAUGAUGAAAUAACAAGUGGUGCACGUGAUGGUUCAGCUCAUGUAUUACGUUGUCUUAAAGUAUGGUAUGAUUUACCAUCAGAUGUAUUUUUUAUUGGAAUAAAUUUGAUGGAUCGUUUUUUAACUAAAAUGAAAGCAAGACCAAAACAUAUGGCAUGUAUUAGUGUUGCAUCAUUUCAUAUUGCUGCCGUCCAAAUGGCACAAUCACUUGAUGCUGAUCAUCUUGUAUCAAUAUCACAAUGUAAAUGUACUGGUGGUGAUUUAAAAAGAAUGUCAGAAUUAAUUAGUAAUAAAUUAGAAUGGGCACCAGGUACAACACCAGUAACAGCAUUAACAUUUUUACGUUUAUUUCAUGUUAUGUUUCAUGCUGCUGCAUCACAAAUGGGUCUUGGUGAUUUAUAUGCAAGUAUUGUUACUGAAUCUGAAUUAUUUUUACGUUUAGAAAUGGUUGUUUGUGAUGGACAUUGUGCUAGUUUACGACCAUCUGAAACAGCACUUGUAUUAUUAUGUACAUAUCUUGAUACAGCUGUUAAUCGUCUUGAUACAAAUGCUGAUAUAACAAUGUCAACAUUAAAUAUUAUACCUGGUACAUCAACAAUGGAUGAUAUUAAAACUGCUCAUGCACAUCAAAUGUUGAGGCUUGUUGAAUUCGCAUCUGAAUUACAAAAAAUAUGUAAAAUAACAGAUGAGAGUUUCUUCGCUACUCAUGAAUUGGUCAGUGCUAUAUUGAGUAAAUAUAAUGCUCAAGAACAAACACCACAUAGACAAAGAUUAAUAUGGCGAUUAUCAUCAAGAACAGCAAGAUUACUAAGACCAACUGAUAAAUUUACAUCUGUUUUACCGGUUAUUGCUGAACAUGCACCUGUUCCAUCACCAAGUCGUGUCAGAAAAAGUAGAAAGUUUGGAAGACGCCACAACAACAAAAGACGUUAAUUUUCAUCCAACAAGAAAAAUUAAAUUGCUGAUUGAUCCACGUUUUAAAUAUCCAGGAGAAAGAAAUUAUAUAAGUAAAUUUACAAGUGUACUUGUUUGAUUGUACGUAUGUUGAAUUUUGAAUGUGUGUGUGUAUUUGUGUAAUUACUUGAUACAGUUUCUCAUCUUCUGCUUAUAAUCAAUUUUCUUUUUGUCGUAAAAUUUUUUUGAGAUAAUCAAUUAUUAAAAUUAUCAAAAUUUUUUUUUUCUUCAUUAAUAUUAUAAUUUGAUGUUUAUCACGUUUUGGAGAUAUUCUAAAUUUAAAUGUUGAGGUUGCUAAGAAAGUGCCGAUGAGAGCUGUGAACAAAACAUAAAAAAAAAAAAAAAAAAAAUUAAAAAGAUAAAUUAACUAAAAAAAAAAAAAUUAAUAAAUUAAUGUAUAAGGAAAAAAAAAAAGGCGGUUGGAAAAAUUGUGGAAACAUUAUGAAUGAAAAAAAGAUUAAUGUGAUACAAUAUUGACAGUGAUUUUAAUGAAAAAUAAUUCACUGUCAUAAAAAACUUAGGUAUAUCUAUCGAAAAAAAAAGUUAUAUAUAACACCGUUUAUUAGUAAAUAAUAUUACAAUAAAAAACAAAAUAAAUGCUAAUUGUAACACACAUAUUAAUUGUUACAAAGCAAAAAAAAACUUAAACAGUAGCUGAUCAAUUUGUUGAGCAUAAUUUUUUAAGUAUAUAUUUGAAAAUAAAUUAAUUAACUUAUUUGUUAAAUUGGCAAUUGAUAAAUAAUUAAUUUAAUCUCAAAUAAUCAUAUCUAGGUACCAGAAAAUUAAAACACAAUAGAAUAAAUUUAAAAAAAAAAACAUUAAAAGGAUUUAAAAACAAAAAAAAAAAAUUAUUAUAUUAAAAAAACGAAUCAAGGGUUUGAGUAUGAAUGUGUGAAUUAUUGUAUUUAAAAGUAAUGAGUGUUAGUAUGUGUCCAUCCUUAGAUGAGUGAAGAAAAGUGCAAUUUGUUCCGUACAAUUUUUUUAAUUAAUAAUUCAACUAGCUAAUGAAUUUAAUAAUUCGUGAUUUAAUAAUAUCAUUCGGGAACAAUUGGCACAUUGUCUUCAUUCAAAUAAAAAAAGAAAAAAAAAAUAAAGUUUUUAUGUAAAUACGUUGUCGAUAUUAAUCGAUUAGGCAAUCAACUCGUGUUGCAUUUUUUUUUUUUUUUUAACAUUGCGACGAUUCAACGAAUGAUAAAUAA